CAUUCUCGAUUUUGGAUCUCUCGCGAUCAGACGUUUUUGGAGUCGGCACGGAUCGAAUCGGUCCCCAGUUUCGCCGCCCCAACUCUUGGAAUUUUUAUUCCGAUUGUCUUGGAAAACAUCUUCGCCGCGAGCGUGUGUGUAUGUGAGUGUGCUGUGUGUGGAGUUUAUAAAAAGAAGUUGAAAAGUGUUUGCCGCAUCAACAAAAAUAAAAACACCCAAGUCGUGUGUUUGUUGUUUUGUCUGUAUAACAGAAAUUUUCAUUUUUUGGAACUUCACAUCCAGUCAUCGCCGAAGGAGUAGAUAUAGAUGCACGAUCUGUAGCUUCAAAAAAUUGCGCUGCGGGUUAUGUUGAAAAUUAACAGCAUGAACGAAUAAAAAUUGACAAAAAGGAAGGGAAGAAGAAGAAGUGGUCAAAUUUUUCCAGGGAGGAUCACGUGGCUGAGUGUAAGAGAUCCCCACAAAAACGAACGAAAAGAAAGAAACUGAUUAAAGUCCCGGCCGGAAGUGCCCAGUGGAACGCGACCCCAACAACACAGAGAGAGAGCCAGAUCGAGAUGCUGGAACUGCGGCUUAUCGUGGUCAUUGUGCUCGGCCUGCUCGUCGGCCAGUUGGGCCCAGUGGAUUCCCAAAGACCGCCCCAGCAUGGAAGACGCGACCGUCCGAAGUAUCCGCCAAACAAGUUCAUCAAGACGCAUCCCUGCGAGAGGUCCUCGUGUUACCCGGCAACGGGUAAUCUCCUCAUCGGCAGGGAGAACCGACUAACUGCCAGCUCCACUUGUGGUCUCCACUCGCCGGAGCGAUUCUGCAUCCUGUCCCAUUUGCAGGACAAGAAGUGCUUCCUCUGCGACACGCGGGAGGAGACCAAGCACGAUCCCUACAAGAACCAUCGCAUUGGACAGAUCAUCUACAAGACGAAGCCGGGAACCAAUCUGCCCACCUGGUGGCAAUCGGAGAAUGGCAAGGAGAAUGCCACCAUUCAAUUGGAUCUCGAGGCGGAGUUCCACUUUACCCACUUGAUCAUAACCUUUACGACCUUCCGACCCGCGGCCAUGUACAUCGAGAGAUCCUUUGACUUUGGCGAGACGUGGCAUGUGUACAGAUAUUUCGCUUACGACUGCAAGGAAUCCUUCCCGGGAGUGCCAACUGUCCUGGUGAACAUCACCGAUGUGAUGUGCACAUCGAGGUAUUCCUCCGUGGAGCCCUCGCGGAAUGGCGAGGUGAUCUUCAGGGUGCUGCCUCCGAACAUCAAUGUGACGGAUCCGUAUGCGGAGCACGUGCAGAACCAACUGAAGAUCACGAAUCUCCGAAUUCACAUGACCAAGCUGCACAAGCUGGGCGACAAUCUACUGGACAGCAGGCUGGAGAACGAGGAGAAGUACUACUACGGCAUCUCGAACAUGGUGGUUCGAGGAUCGUGUUCCUGUUACGGUCACGCCUCCCAGUGCCUGCCACUGGAUCCCACUUUCACGCAGGCGGACAAUGAGGAUGGCAUGGUGCACGGUCGCUGUGAAUGUACCCACAACACCAAGGGAAUGAACUGCGAGUACUGCGAAGACUUCUUCAACGAUCUGCCGUGGAAACCGGCCUUUGGAAAGAAGACGAAUGCCUGUAAGAAGUGCGAGUGUAACGACCACGCCGUGAGUUGUCACUUCGACGAGGCCGUGUUCACCGCCUCCGGAUUGGUUUCCGGCGGAGUGUGCGACAAUUGCCUACACAAUACCCAGGGACAGCAUUGCGAGGAGUGCAUGCCGUUCUUCUACCGCGAUCCCGAGCAGGACAUCCGAUCGGAUAGCGUUUGCCAGCCCUGUGACUGCGAUCCCGAUGGUUCGUUGGAUGACGGCAUCUGCGACUCUGUAAACGAUCCGGAGAACGGAGCCAUAGCCGGAGCUUGCCACUGUAAGACCUUCGUCAAGGGACGUCGUUGCAAUGAAUGCAAGGAUGGCUACUGGAACCUUAACCCCAAUAAUCCCGAGGGAUGCGAAGCCUGUACUUGCAACAUCCUGGGCACCGUGAACAAUUCCGGUUGCGUAAUGCGCACCGGUGAGUGCAAGUGCAAGCAGUACGUCACGGGCAAGGACUGUAAUCAAUGUAUGCCGGAGACCUAUGGUCUCUCGGAAUCUCCCGAGGGUUGCUCUCUGUGUAACUGCGAUGCUGGAGGUUCCUACGAUAACUACUGCGAUGUGAUCAGUGGGCAAUGUCGCUGCAGACCCCACAUGACGGGAAGAUCUUGUUCGCAGCCGAAACAGAACUACUUCAUUCCCCUGCUCACGGAAGUCCACGAGGCCGAGGUGGUGGACGAGUGCAUUUCCUAUGGUCCUAAUGGAAACUGCAGCCUGGUGGCUGAGAAUCCGGAUGGCAGCUUCACGGGCAUCGGUUUCACCAGGGUUCCUGAGAACUCAGAAAUCGUCUUCACCGUCGGCGAUAUUCCCCGAUCCAUGCCAUACGAUGUGGUUAUUCGUUAUCAGACCACUUCUCGCGGAGAUUGGGAGGAUGCCUUCAUCACGUUGGUGAGGCCCGACCAAGUGGAUCCCAAUGGAGAGUGUGGAGAAUUGGCGGCUGCCAGUUCUUCGGAGACCAGGAUUCCAUUCUCCCUGCCCGAUCGCAAUCGCCAGGUGGUGGCGUUGAAUGAAGUUUGCCUGGAGGCCGGAAAGGUUUAUAAGUUCCGAAUUUACUUCGAGCGCAGGCGUCACGACGGAGACAGUCCCACUGCCACUAUCCUCGUGGACUCCCUGACACUCAUUCCCCGCAUCGAUGUGACGCCCAUCUUCCAAGGUUCCGAACUGGCCGACAUUCGCAGGAAGGACUACGAGAGAUACAACUGCAACUACUCCUUGUACGACAUGAACUACAAGACUGAUCAGAGGUGCCAGCACCUGGACAACAUUGUGAGCAUCUACGUCCACGACGGAGCCAGUAUGUGCAAUUGCAACCCCACGGGAUCGCUGAGUAAGGUGUGCGAGUCCAACGGAGGCUACUGCCAGUGCAAACCGAACGUGGUGGGCAGGCAGUGCGACCAGUGUGCCCCGGGCACCUACGGCUUCGGACCCGAGGGCUGCAAGGCCUGCGACUGCAACAGCAUCGGUUCGAUGGACAAGAACUGCGACCUGAUCACCGGCCAGUGCCAGUGUGCGCCGAACACCUACGGAAGGGAGUGCAACCAGUGCCAGCCGGGGUACUGGAACUUCCCCGACUGCCGGGUUUGCGAGUGCAACGGUCACGCGGCGCAGUGCGAUCCCAUCCGUGGAACCUGUCUGGAUUGUCAGGACUCAACGACGGGCUUCAGCUGCGACAGUUGCCUGGACGGAUACUACGGAAACCCGCUGUUCGGCAGCGAGAUCGGAUGCCGACCCUGCCGCUGUCCUGAGACGGUGGCCAGUGGAAUGGCCCAUGCGGAUGGCUGCUCCCUGGACACGCGGAACAACAACAUGCUGUGCCACUGCCAGGAAGGAUAUGCGGGAUCUCGUUGCGAGAUCUGUGCGGACAACUUCUUCGGAGUGCCGGACAACGGGGGAACCUGCUCGAAGUGCGAGUGCAGCAACAACAUCGAUGUCUACGACACAGGAAACUGCGAUCGCGAGACGGGAGCUUGUCUUAAAUGCUUGUACCAGACGACCGGAGAUCACUGUGAGCUCUGCAGGGAUGGAUUCUUCGGGGAUGCCUUGCAGCAGAAUUGCCAGCAGUGCGAAUGCGACUUCCUGGGAACCAACAAGACCAUUGGUCACUGCGAUCGCUUCACGGGUCAGUGUCCUUGCUUGCCGAACGUGGAGGGUGUGCGAUGCGAUCAGUGUGCCCUGAACCACUGGAAGAUUGCCUCCGGCGAGGGAUGCGAGAGCUGCAACUGCGAUCCCAUAGGAGCUCUCCACGAGCAGUGCAACUCGUACACCGGUCAGUGCCAGUGCAAGCCAGGAUUCGGAGGCAGGGCGUGCAACCAGUGCCAGGCUCACUACUGGGGCAAUCCCAACGAGAAGUGCCAGCCCUGCGAGUGCGAUCAGUUCGGAGCCGCCGACUUCCAGUGCGAUCGGGAGACGGGUCAUUGUGUGUGCCACGAGGGCAUCGGUGGCUACAAGUGCAACGAGUGCGCUCGGGGUUACAUUGGUCAAUUCCCGCACUGCUCGCCUUGUGGCGAGUGCUUCAACAACUGGGACUUGAUAUUGAGUGCCCUGGAAGACUCUACCGCAGCCACUAUCCUGCGAGCCAAGGAAAUCAAGCAAGUGGGAGCCACAGGAGCCUACACAUCGGAGUUCAGCGAACUGGACAAGAAACUGCAGCACAUCAGGAACCUGCUACAGAACACCUCAGUCAGUCUGGUGGACAUCGAGAGGCUGGAUUCGGAGACCAAUACCCUCAGGCAGCAGCUGCAGGCUUCUCAUGGCAGAUUGAGCGAAACCGAAAGAAAUCUCGAUGACAUCUACAACUCGCUGAGUUUGUCGGGAGUUGAACUGGAGGGUCUGCAGAACCACUCGAGGUUGGUGCAGCAACUGUCCAAGGAACUCAAGGAAAACGGCAUUCAACUGCAGGAGUCGAAUAUCGAGGGAGCUUUGAACCUUACACGCCACGCUUACGAGAGGGUUAGCAAUCUGUCGACCCUCAAGGACGAAGCCAAUGAACUGGCCUCCAAUACGGACAGAAAUUGCAAGAGAGUCGAAACGCUUUCGAACAAAAUCCAAGCCGAGGCAGAGGGAUUGGCCAACAACGACAAGAGUAUUGCCGACUAUCGCGAUGAGUUGACAUCGCUGACCUCUCAAAUUCCCGAGCUUAACAACCAGGUUUGCGGCAAGCCAGGCGAUCCCUGCGAUAGUUUGUGCGGAGGAGCAGGAUGUGGCCAUUGCGGUGGAUUCCUGUCCUGCGAACACGGCGCCAAGACUCACGCAGUAGAAGCUCUUAAAGUAGCCAAGGAUGCCGAGGCAGCCAUCACCCUGAAGAAAGAUCAAGCAGAUCAAACUAUUAGGGCACUCACCCAGGCCAAAUUGAAUGCCUCCGAGGCGUACGAGAAAGCCAAGAGGGGUUUCGAGCAAUCCGAGCGUUACUUGAAUCAAACCAAUGCCAACAUCAAACUGGCUGAAGAUCUUUUCACAGCCGUCAACGAUUUCCAGGAGAACAAGACAGCUUCCCCGGCAGAAAGCAAGCAAUUGGCACAGGAGACUCUCGAUUUGGAUCUGAAACUGGAACCCAAAGAGAUUGAGUCUCUGGGAGCGCAGAUCAACAACGCUGUCUCAUCGCUGAAGAAUGUGGAGUCCAUUAUCUACAAGACUAGACCAGAUUUGGACAGGGUCAAUAACCUGCAGAGCACUGCCAAUGUCACGAAAGAAAAGGCCAAUAAAAUCCUGGACGACGCCAAAUCGGUGGUGGAGAAUCUAGCGGCGGCAGAUGAGUCGCAGGGAAAAGCCCAGGAGGCCAUUCAGCAGGCCAACAGCAAUAUUGAGCUCGCCGGCCAGGAUCUGGAGAAGAUCGAUGAAGAGACGGACUCCGCGGAGGCUCCGGCCAACAACACAGCCCAGCAGGUCGAGGAAUUGGCCAAGAAGGUUCAGCGUCUGCAGAACAAUAUUGUGAAGAACGAUCGCGACGCCAAGGAAAUCACCAAGGAGGCGGGUCGCGUCAAACUGGAGGCCAUGAGGGCCCGCGGAGAGGCUAACAAUCUGCAGUCGGCAACGAGCGCCACCAACCAGACCCUCACAGAUCGAGCAAGUCGCUCCGAGAGCGCUCGUGAAAGAGCCAAGCAGCUCCUCCAGAGGGCCUCCAAGCUGACCGUUGACACCAACGCCAAGCUGAAGGACCUGAACGAUCUGCAGACCGUCUACCAUAGCAAAAACCAGCAGCUGCUCCAGCUGCAGGACGAGAUUGCCCCCUUGAACGAUCUGCUCGUCAAGUACAACUCACAUAUUAAGGAGCGGGCGUCGCACUACAGGCAGUGCUACACGUAGAUCGAGAAAAAUUUCUCUGCGCGGCCAUUUUAAAUGCCAUAUUCAUGAACAAAUAAGCAAACUGCGAACUACGAGAAUCAAAUAAACAACUACAACAGCAACAACUAGGAAGGCAACAGUUAUUAUGUAACCACUGUUAAGUUACCGUUACGUUUUGUACUCUAAGCGAAAACCAACACUGCAAUGUUAAUUUUAAAAAUUGAGCGAAAGAAAUCGAUGCCUUCAUUUUUAAUGUGUACACUGAGCUAAGUUUUUCUUACACUACUCCUAUUACCAUUUUGUAAUGCAAUUAAUGUAAUUAAAUAAAACUACUUAAAUGUGGAAA